AUGUUUUUAAUCAACUCUGCAUUUUUUAGAUAUUUGGCCACGGGUGAUUCGCUUAAAACAAUUUCGUUUAGCUAUCGCAUGGGGCAUAGUACAGUUUACAAGAUCGUUCGAGAAACCUGUCAAAUAAUUACUGAAAAUCUUAUGGACGAGUUGAUGCCUACACCGACUGAAGAAAUGUGGGAGAACAUAGCUAAUGAUUUUUUUCGUAUGUGGAAUUUUCCGGGAUGUAUCGGGGCUCUGGAUGGAAAACAUGUUACCAUUCAAGCACCUCCAAAUACAGGAUCAAUGUUUUUUAAUUAUAAAAAUACAUUCUCUAUAGUUUUGUUGGCUCUUGUGGAUGCUCACUGUAAUUUUAUUGCUGUUAAUGUAGGGGCAUAUGGCAAGAGUAGCGAUGGAGGUGUUUUUGCUAAUUCAAAUUUAGGUAAAGCACUUCAUCGUGGAUCAUUGAAUAUUCCAGAUAAUUUGACCAUACCCAACACGGAUACACAAGUCCCAUAUGUAAUUGUAGGUGAUGAGGCAUUCCCUCUAAAACCUUACUUGAUGCGACCUUAUCCAGGGGACAAAUUAGAUGACCGAAAGCGCAACUUCAAUUACCGUUUGAGUCGUGCCAAGAGGACAUCAGAAAAUACAUUCGAAAAACUGAUAUCACUUUGCACUGAUGGAUCACCAAAUAUGAUUGGUAAAUAUAAAGGAUUUGUUACUCUUUUGAGCCAAAAUGUGAAACAUGAAGUACUAUCUUUUCAUUGUAUUGUUCAUCAAGAAGCUUUAUGUGCUUAA